CGCCGCCGUCGUGUGUUUGGAGGCCUGCGUGGAGGAGGCUUUAUUGAUUUUGCCAUCUCGGCCAAAGGAAAGAAAGAGGGGCACCGCGAGUGGGCCGCUGCUGGCUUGGUGUGCGUCCGACGAGAGCCACCGCUGUCUGUGUUGGAAGAGAAACGCGAACGGAAAAGCAGCGACCGGAUCUGCAAAUAAAUCCCCGCGAGUGCAGCGCAGUCUGGAUGGUGAGCACCGGGCGCCAGAGGCGAACGACCCUGACCUCCAGUCGGGCUACCUGACACGACCGGCCCUCGGCCGAUGGACCACUUGUAGUAAACGCACUUCUCCUCACGCCGCUCGCACGCCCGCCGCAAAUCAUGUCCGAAGAAGCAGAACUGGCAGUGAACGCUCUGGAGCUGCAGGGCACGAUGGUGCAGGAGAUGGAACUGCCUGCGGACAUCCUGCUGCAGGCCGACGACGACGAUGGCCUGCCCUCGCAGCACGACCUUGUCGUCGAGGACGAGCAGCAGCAGACCGAAACCCUCGCCGCCCUCGACACCAUGAGGAAAAACAGACACUUCUGCGACGUUGUCCUCAACGUUGGAAGCAGUGAAAUCCAUGCUCACAGGAUAGUCCUGGCGAGUGCCAGUCCAUAUCUGCACGAGUUGUUCACAGCCGACGACGAGAACAAGAGCGCCGCCCGGGAGAAUAAGAUCACAUACCGGCUGAACGGCGGUUUAGACAAGGUGGCCUUCGAGAGGCUCAUUGACUUUGCCUACACAUCCAGGCUCCAUGUGCCAGCAAAUCAAGUCAAGUCGGUGUACUUGGCCGCCUGCCAGCUCAAGAUGGACAAAGUGAUCCAGGUGUGCAGCCAGUACCUGAUUCAGCACCUCGACGUCAAGAACUGCAUCGAAAUUCGCUCCCUUCCUGGAAUCAACAAGAACAAGCAGCUCGUCGCCAAGGUUGACAGAUUCAUCAAUAAACAGUUUGACUUACUGUCAAAGUCGCCGUCGAUGUUGAAUCUCCCCUGCAUCCAGAUCGAAGUGCUGAAUCAAACAAGAGAAGAAAUGUCGUUGGUCAUUGGAGAAUCGUUGUGCCAGCUGGUGCUUGAUUGGGUCCAGAGACAGUCCGAAGAGCACCCUUCGCUGGACCACCUCUCUGAAAAGACACAUCUGCUGUACUUGGCGCUGGAUAAUUCUCUGCAGGACUGCAUGGAGUUGCCAAGUGGCGAGGUCAGCGAUUCAGACAUUGUUCAGGACUACAAGAAACUCUCAAAGAGACAGUCACAGUCAAACUUGAAGAACCGCCGGAAAUCGCAAUUGCAGCCAGCAAAGCCCCGCAUCUUGGUCUACUCAAGGGACAUCAGUGACAAAAAUCUGACUGAGAAUCAGAAUAUAGACUGGGACUUAAUUGCCAACACCAAAGUGCAGGACCACACCUUCAUGGCUCUGGUCUCGAUGGCUGGCGCUUUGGCUACCCUUAGCGUCGUUCUGCGCCUCAACAGGCCAAAAACACCCUCGCCCACCAACACCCCAGGAGACACGGCUCCCGGCUCCAGACUGCCCAGUGAAGAGAAGCCAGACCUGUACUGCGUGCUGCCUAACAUGAGCCACGUCAAGUGUGCUGCAGGAUGCGCCAAUCUCAAUGAAACCUUGCUUGUUUGCGGUGGAUACGACAGAGGUGAAUGUUUGAAGAGUGUUGAGUCUUACUCGCCGGACGGCAACAUCUGGGCAACACUGGCCCCCAUGAAAGAGGCGCGCGGCCGCUUCGACAUUGCCGUUUCCGGUGGAAAAGUUUUUGCAGUGGGUGGAAGCAACGGCACCACGGAACUGCCCACCGUUGAGAUGUACGACCCAAUGACCAAGAAGUGGUCCAGGAUGGCCAGUCUCCCUUUGGCUCGCUCAAAUGCAGGCGUUUGCGACCUGGAGGGCAAGGUGUACUGCAUCGGCGGCUGGAACGGCCAGGUGGGCAUCAAGCAGUGUGACGUGUUCGACCCCAAGACCAACGACUGGCGCAGCGUGGCCCCCCUGCUCACUGGCCGCUACCAGGCCGGCGUGUGCUCCUUCGAUGGCAAGGUGUACGCGGUCGGCGGCUGCGACGCCUGGAACUGCCUCAACUCGGUCGAGUUCUACGACCCGGCCACGGACUCUUGGUGCUACAUCAAGAGCAUGAUCACAUCCCGACGCGGGUGCGGCCUUGCCGUCUUCAAGGGAAAACUGUAUGCGGUGGGUGGAUCUGACGGGAGCCAUUCCCUGACCUCCACCGAGAUCUACGACACUGAAACCGAAACGUGGACUCCGGGUCCUAGCAUGACCACUCCAAGGGCCAACGUCGGAGUUGCAGUUAUCGGAAACAGAUUGUAUGCUGUUGGUGGAUUCUCAGGCAAAACUUUCCUGAACAGCAUCGAGUACUUGGACGAGUUCACUGAUGAAUGGACCACAUUUGUACCAAAACAAGACUUGCACUACCAACUUUCCUUGCCAAGCGGAAGCGACAGGACGUCCAAGAGCGACGGCUCCUCCAUAGCCAGCUGCUCCGACUCCGGUUCUGUGAGCGAGUGAAGUGGCAGAACCUUUUUGGGCCCUGAAUUCCCUCACCACUCAAUUUUCGUUAGCUGGAUAAUCUUCAAAGACUGCUGAUACGAAAUAAAUCACCUGGCCAGGGCUACUUUUUGCUCCCGGAAAAUUUUUCUACGCCUGAUGCCAAGCAUGCUAUCGAUUUAGAAAACGCAUUCUGAUUUGUAUGAUAAAAUAAUAUUACACAUUGAUUACACAUAAGUCUCGGUGUUGGUUGAUUCGAUUUGCCAGACUACCUCUCAUCAAUGAUAAUUAUGACUUGUGUAUACAGUUAAAGAAAUAAAAAAUUGACCAAUCGAACCCAGGGUUAAAAAAUACUCGAUCUGACGUGUGGUAGUCUGAGCAAGUGUAGACCUGGCCUCUCACCCUGUUAGCGAAGAGGUUUUUACACUUCACUAAAAAGAUCUGUUGCGAGUUUAGAAUCAAAAUCGGGGGCCACGUUGCAAAAUUUACUGGCAAAUGUGUAGCAAAAACACCGAUGUUGACGAAAAAAGGGAUAUCACAGGGCGGUUCAGUUUUGUAUACACUAAACAUCUUUUUGAUACGAUAAGAGCGAGACAGCCAGUUAUUUUUGUAUUUAUAAACUCAUUUGUAUUCCAAACAAGAAAGCAAGACGCCCCAGUCAAUCUUUUGUGAAUCAAUAUCGCCAUCUUGGGCCGUGUGUGUUUUACUGCUGAACUGGGAGACGACUAAUGUGUAGACGCUGAUUGGUAUUCUCACCUGUCUGUUUUUCGAGCAAGCAUAUCUCUUUUGAAACCACCACUGCAUUGUAAAAGCUACUUUUAAUUAUUAUUAUGUACAUGAUGAUGAUUAAUAUUAUUCCAUUAUUGUGUGAUAAAAGAGAAGAGACCUGCGGCAGCCUCAAGUUUGAAGGCGGCUUUGUCCAGCACUAGAUUGUUUUAUGAUGGUAAUGAAAACAUUUGCCGUUCUGUAGAGAUUUAUUUUUAUAUCAAAAUAAUGCAUCAGGCAUUUUUUAACUUUGCCAAAAAAGAAUGUUGGACGAAUUUGAUGAAAAACAAUUUCCAAAAUUUAGUAGCCUUCAAACGUAAGGGCUGCCGUAGACAAUUUUAAUUAAUUUGGUUUUCGUCGCAAAUGAAAACAUAAUUUUGGACUAACUGGAAAACACUGUUUAUGUGCCGUUUUAAGUGUCUUAGAGGUAUUAUAGAAAGGUCAUAAAAAAAGCAGAUUUACGAUGAAAUGUUGUAUAAAACUAUCGAAUUACCAUAGGUGAUUAUGUUUUAAUGUUGGUAGCAUGUAUUAGAGGAUAUGAUCGAUAUGAUAUUCAAUAAUCACCUUGUUAGUGCAAUGUUGACCUUUGCAACCUUCAGCUGCUUUUGAUUGUUUGAACACAGCCUUCAUUGAAAACAUUCAGCAAGAGUCAGGGGUGAUUUGUUGUAAUAAAUUUGGAAAUACAUACAUUCAUCAUGAACGAUAAAAAAAGAUACUUAUUAACUUAAAACCUCA